AUGCUUCGCUUUGCGCGCUCGUACUUUGCCGCGGCGUUCCCUCUCUUCGGUGUCCAGAUGUACAACAGUGAGUUGAAACCACGCAGCAACAAUGAAAAGGCGGUCACUGAUCAGGAAGAUCUCGGCUACCAGUGGGCGACGACACUACUAGCCUUUUUGGCCCUUGUCAUGGCACCGUAA